UCAUCAUUAAUCAUCGUCAUCAUAUAUUUGAUAUAUUCCAGGGUUCUCUUGGUAAUAGUAUUGGGAUUGUUUGCAAUAUGGAUAUGGUAUGACACUUAUAAAAACCCCAAAAAGUUGAUCUCUCUUGUUGGUAUGGUUGUGUUCCUUGGAAUAUGUUACAUUUUCUCAGCCAACAGAAGAAAGGUACGUUGGCGUCCAGUACUGUGGGGAAUAGCUCUACAAGUAUUCUUGGCUUUCAUUAUCUUACGUACCAAACAUGGUUAUGCAGCAUUUGACUUCCUCGGCAAACAAGUUACAACUUUUCUUGACUAUACAAAUGCUGGGACAAAAUUUGUUUUUGGUGAUGACUACGAGGAACAUACCAUUGCAUUCAAGAUUCUCCCAGUCAUCAUAUUCUUCAGUUCCGUCAUCUCAGUUUUGUAUUAUCUGGGAAUCAUGCCUCUAUUGAUCUCAAAGAUAGCCUGGCUUAUGCAAAUAACAAUGAAGAUCUCUGGUGUUGAGUCUCUCACAGCUGCAGGAAAUAUAUUUGUGGGACAAACUGAAGCUCCUCUAAUGAUCAGGCCAUUUCUUGCACAUCUCACCAACUCUGAGCUUCAUGCGGUCAUGACGAGUGGCUUGGCCACUGUAGCAGGCGGUGUCCUGGCCAUUUACAUAACAUUUGGUGUCCAGGCAUCCCAUUUGAUGACGGCAUCAGUAAUGUCUGCCCCAGCAGCCUUAGCGGUCUCCAAGCUGCUGUAUCCUGAGACRGAAAUCCCAGAAACGCAGUCAGGAGAAGGAAUACAUAUAGAAGAAGGGGGCGAAAAGAACGUAAUAGAGGCUGCUGCAAAAGGUGCAUCAACUGCAAUUGCUCUUGUCGCAAAUGUUGGUGCCAUGUUAAUCACCUUCUUUGCAUACAUUGCAUUUUUCAAUGCCGUUCUUUCCUGGCUUGGUGGAUUGUAUGGUUAUCCAGAGCUGAGUUUCGAGAAUAUCUGUUCAUAUGUUUUUGUACCUCUUGCCUUUCUAAUGGGAGUGGAGUGGGAAGACUGCCGCACUGUCUCUAAGCUUCUGGGGAUCAAAGUGUUUCUCAAUGAACUUGUGGGUUACAUCGAGAUGUCUCCUCACAUCAAGAACAGGACAAUCACUAGACAGUCUGAAGUUAUUGCCACCUAUGCGUUAUGUGGAUUCAGUAACUUUAUUGGACUUGGAGUCCUUCUUGGCGGUCUGGGUCCAAUGGCACCAAAUAGAAAGGGCGAUAUGGCAAAUAUGGCAAUAAGGACCCUGGUUGGAGCCAAUAUUGCUUGUUUUUUAACAGCUUCCAUAGCAGGUUUUUUGUAUGACAGUUCCAUGGAAGCCGUGUUAACAAACACCAAUUCAACACUGAAUGGAACGUUAAGUAACUCAACGUUAUGAAAGCCACCGGAAAGUUUCAUAAUAUCAUAUUGAUAUUAUGAUUAUAACUAUUUCAGAAAACGUUGAAUAUUGAAUACCGAUAUUCUAGAUAAUGCUGUAUCCUUGGUGUGCAAUGCAUAACUAGUAAUCCCUUGAGAAAUAAAGAACAAAGAUGUCGCCGCCAUGUUGGAUGAAUGAACAAGAGAAACUGAUCUUCAUCCAACAUGGCGGUGAUGACGUAACUUGCAUGUCA